UCUACUUACAGUAAGAAAGUGCAUUUAUAAAUUAACAAUUACAGUUAAGAAACAGUUUUACAAUUAGUUAUAGUAUUAAGAUUUGAUUUUGACCUGACUAUACUUAGUCGAAACUCCAAUAAUUAUCCAAAUUGACGAGAAAUUCUGUAUAAUUUCAAAAUAGUUUUCUCGAUGAACUUCUUCAGACAUCUGUAUUUUAAUGUUCUUCUUCAAAUUGCCAAUUCGAGCUUGGGGCAUAUUUUAACUGGACUCUAAAGCACAUUUAUUGCUUUACACCCAAAAGCUCUACUUUGUAGGUGACAUAGUAAAAACAGAGUAUGAUACUUGAAAUUAAAUUGAUUUUUUGACGGAUUGACGUCACGUAUGAAGCUUCCUUUUUCGUUUUUCUCGUUGAUCAAGUUAGUUUUUAUGUUAAAUUUUCAACUUUGCUUUUUUAUAUUCAUUUUUUUUUCAAAUUCAAAACUACUUGAGUAGAAUUUAAUAAACUGUUAUUGACCAUUCAAUACUUGAGGCUGCAAAAUUUGACAUUUACUUCAUUUUCUUCCUUUUUAUUGCAACUUUCGGCAAAGUUUGGAAUCACCCCUGAACGCUCAUUUUAAUUCACACUGCUAAGAGUGGUUCAUUUUCACAAUGCUGAUUAUUGAUUUUUACUUUGGUCCAUGAAUUAAAAGUCUGAUUGUUCCAACCUCUGAUUGUUUCGUAGUUCUUAACUCUCUGCUUACUACAGCCUUUGCUCCUGCACGUAUUUACCUAGCUGCUAAUGAAAAUAUCAACAUCCCAAAUAAAGGAAUUGAUGGAAAUUCGCUCAACCAUCAUUAGAACUCCCAUUCUUACCAUUUGAAAAGAGUGAACAAAUCAAUAUUCAAUCUGAAAACCUUCAUUGAAGUGGAAUUUUUGAAGCUGCUGCAAAACUUAAGAAUAAAACGAAAAGGAGAAAUGGACAAUUUCAGUACAAAUUUCACAUUAUCCGAUAAAAUUACAGAUUCGGUUGAAACAAUAAACGACCCUUGGGGGGACUUUUUCGGAGUGACCCGAACAAUUUUCACCGCAAUUUCACUGACUUUGCUCUGUUUGCUAACUGCAAUCGGAAACAUCCUGGUGAUAAUCUCGAUUAUAAUAGUGCGCAGAUUGAGAUCGCCUCCUAAUACCAUAAUUCUUUCCCUCGCAAUCUCUGAUCUCAACGUGGCCUUGUUAGUCAUGCCCGUCGCAAUCAUCUACGAAAUUAAGAAAUACUGGAGCUUCAACUCUCAGAUUCUUUGCAAUGCCUGGAUUUCGGUCGACCAGAUUUCAUGCACUGCUUCGAUAGUGCACUUGUGCAUGAUUAGCAUUGACAGGUACCUUGCAAUUUCCCGCCCAUUUUCCUACGAGAGGUUCCGCACCUACAAGUUCAUGGCAGUUCUAAUCACCAUAGCUUGGACCAUAGCUAUCAUGAUUCCUUUGCCACCUUUGAUCUUUUUCGGCCACGAGGACGUUCUGGAAACGAAACAAUGCCUGGUCAGCCAGAAUAAAUUAUACACAGUUUAUUCAACUUUCACUGCGUUUUACUUGCCUCUCUCAGUAAUGUGUUUCGUCUACUUGCAGCUGUUUAAAAAGGCAAGUGAAAUUAGCCGAAGCACUAAACGCAACUGCAGUCCAUAUUCCCCUUCGGUUACAAGAAGCACAAAAGUGACCAGGAACGAUCAGUCGCAAUAUCGACGAGCUGGAACUGAAUCUCCGUCUUUCCGAUCUGAAACGCCCCAGAAAAAAAUUUCAAACACAACUGCGUGUUCAAGUCAAAAUAACCGAUUUAGUAGUUCAAGUAUCUCCACUUUGACUCAGUCGAGGAACUACAUGAAAAGGACACUGGCUGCUCAUAAGAACAACUUCAACAAUGAAACGAAAGCUGCAAGGACUCUUGGCUUCAUCAUGGGAGCUUUCUGUUUCUGCUGGAUCCCAUUUUUUGUCAUAAGUCUUCUUCGUCCUUUCAUGGAAGUGGAUUUGCCUCCUUGGGUAGACUCGGUUCUGCUCUGGUUAGGAUACAGCAAUUCGUGUUUAAACCCUAUCAUAUAUGGACUUCUCAACCAGGAGUUUCGAACCCCCUACUAUCUGAUUUUGUGCUGCAGGUUCAAAAACAUAAACAGACAAUGCAACCUUGCCUUGAAUCCGCAAAUAUCGAGCUUGAACGAGAAUGAUCUCAAUUUGCCACCCGCAACCAAGCGGGGGUCUAUUUUUCCGAGACAGCUGCUGAGAAACUCGGUCAGUAUGAAUAAUCUUUCGGGUGAAAAACCGAACGAAAAAGAGAUUCCCGAAAGCAAUGGAGAGAAAUUUUGCCACUCGAAGAAAACCAGCUCCAAUGUUCUGAUGCUGCCCGUAAAUUUGAAUAACGGGCAGGUUUCGAUAAAUGCUCAAAACUCUGCGAAUGUCUGCGCCGUCGAAGAAAACACAUGCGUAUAGAGUAACCUUCAAUAACUAAUAGUUUGUAGAAUCGUCAAUCGAAUUAUCCCAUUGGUUGAAAUUGUUGUGUAUUUUUUUUUUCAAAUUUUGGUGCUAUUGCGAUAAUGAAAAUGUACUAAUUACUAUCAUGAAUUGAAUCAAAACGUUUCUAGAAAAUUGUUUCAAUUUUAGCAAAAGACGGACAUUAAAAACUAGAAUCAUCAUCGCUUGCGAGCUACAGAAAAAAGUAUUUGUCAGCCCCCGACUACCUUG